UAUUUUAAAGAGAAGAAGCAAAACGUAAACAGAGGUUUCUUACCAUCUUAUUUCUUAAUAUUCUAACGCCCUUACAAUGCAAAUAAAAUCCACAGAAAUUCACAGGAUGGAGGAACAGGCUGCAAAUCAGACACGCAUCACGCAGAUUGAGGAGUUUAUUAACGAAGUCCUGAAGGAGGACCUCCGGCAGCUGGAAAACUUUAUAGGUCAGUUCAACGAGGAGAUCAUGGAGUAUGUCCAGCUAAAGAACACCCUUCAGACAUUCGACACCCAUCUGCCUGAUGGUUAUAAGACGCAGGUGAACAUCGGCAGCAACAUCUUCAUGCAGGCUCGCGUCCGCAAGAUGGACCGCAUCCUGGUCAACGUGGGCAAGGAUGUGUACCUGGAGAUGACCAUUCAGGAGGCAGAACGCUUCAGCGACACCCGUGUCAAGAUUCUGACAAAGCAAUCCGAUGUCCUGCGUGAGGAAAGUGUCAAGAAAAGAGCCCAAAUCAAGAUGGCCUUAAUAGCAAUUAGUGAAAGAGCCAAACUAAUCCAACAGGAUGACGGGAAAUAGGAGAAACUCCUACAGAUUGAGGAUAAGUACUAGAUACUCUAUUAGAGCAUUAGUGGCUUUUGUUUCUAGUACUUUGUGUUUACCUACAUAGAAUAAAUGUUAAACAUGUUA